AUGAAGAUCUACAUAUUGAUUUCACUGGCCUCUAUCUGGUUUCUUCCACUGGUAAAAUCUGCUUGCAAAAACGAUGCCGCUGGUUCGAAAUUGGAAUUCUGGCUAACCAUAUCAAAAGACAGCGACCAAGUUGAAACUGUGUAUUCCAAAUGGUUAAACAAGAAUAGAAACGAUGCACAUGGUAUUUUUACUGCAUUAUGGGCUCGUCUUUUUGACUAUACUUCUUCAGAAGUAAGUCGAUACAGAACCGUUAGUGGUAGACUGGAUUCGAUAAAGAACGCAAGAGAUGAACUGAAAAGAGUUUGUGAUGAUUGGAAAAACUCCGGCGCAAAGAUUUGGCCCUACUGCGCAUUAGCUAAAGAUUUCACUUGUAAAUUUUACGAGGCUGUACAGGCAUGCUAUGAUGCUGGAAAUAUUGGAGCGGAUAAUCAGAAGAUUGCUUCUCCACUUGGCCCGGACACCGACGCAAGAUCAGCAGCCAUCAAUAAGCUAUUCCACGAAGACGUCCUCCUCAUUUUACCAAUACAAACAAUAGAAAGUGCAUUCUACUCUUCUGGCAUGGUUACACAGACAUAUUACAAACUAUAUCAAUACCAUCGACAACCAUCUACAUUUAGACCAAACACUCUUAAUAACUGGAAUAAAUGGGGUCAAGUUAAACAAAAGGUUACUGCUGAAUGUGCGAAACAUGGAAAGAAACAAGUAGGAAUCCAAUACUACUGUAAGGCAAAGGCUAUCAUGGUAUUAUUCGAAACUUGUAUCAGACUCGAACGACCUGAUUCCUGUACGUUUGAUUCAAGUUUUCAACAUCACUGGGACACUGGUACACAGUUCGACUAUUGGAGAAAGAGUACCAAUGUUCCUACUAUUAUCUUAAAGCUUACAGUGGAAUAUUUCCUCUCUCAAGUCUUUUCACUUUACAAAAAUGACGAUUACAAUGGUUUGAAGAAACAUAUUGAUCAAUAUCUUCCAUAUUUAAAUGUCGAAGGCAAGUACUGUUCUCAAGGCUGGUCGCAAAGAGUCCCAUGUACAGAUGAUCAGUGUAAGGCACUUUGGAUGUACAGACCAGACUGUACGGUAAAGAGAAUAGCAGAUGCAGCAAAGAAAUAUGUUGAUUUACGAAAAGCGGGUAAGUCGUUAACUGACCAAGAUGUCAAAGAUGCUCGUGAUGCUCUAGCUGUUUGGCAGAUAUAUCCACAUGUUUUAGAGGUAAUUUCACCAGAGGCUGUCCCGCUACCAGUGUUAACAGAACUUCAAAAACGAAUCACCAACAUUUUACAACCAUAUGAAUUACGUAAAUUGACAAAGUAUCUCACUAACUUUCCACCAGCUCGUUACUCUACACCAGAUAUUGUUAGGAAAAUAUGUAGUCCAGUUGUCCCUAAAUACAGUUCAUAUUGCUUACUAGAACCGACAAUAAACAUCAUUCAAGAUGCAUCUGGUAAAGUCCAAACGGGAGUAAAGAAAGUCGUCAAGUUGAAUCCACAAAUCGAUUACACAGCACAACUAGAACAAUUACAGUUGGAAACCAUCUCGAAUAAGAUUAACAAACAAACUAAGAAGCUGUUCGAUAACCUUUCAGCUGACCUUAAAGCCAACUUCAAGGCAUUAGCUAACUAUUUCGGCUCACUGGCAAACUACGACAAAACUAAAGCGGUUGCUGAUAUUGGUUUUAUUAAAGGAAGUUUAGAAACAUUUGAUACUAAAAUAAAGGAUUUGUGUAGAACAGUAGGCGACUUUAUUAAAAAUAUUAUGAUAGGAGCAUUUGUGGGAGUUUUUGCUGAAUUAGUUCAACGCACUGCUGAAUUGACCACUUUUAUAGUUGAAGCCGGAAACCCAUUAAAAUGGCUUACUGGCGGUGCAAUAGGUGACAUUUUGUCGGCAAUUGACGCACUUGCUCAAGCUGGCGUAGGAGUAUCUAGAGUUGCAUCAAUCACUGCUAAUGACCUUCCAGAUUUGGUAAAAACAGCCAUAACCUUAAAAACAAAUUUCGCAAAAAACCAAAAAUUUAUCAAAUUGACGAGGGAAGUAGUUGACGGUCUUGCGAGUGGUGCUGAUGUUGAAGAUCAAGUGAGUGAAUUUUUAAGUAUGUAUAAUAACUAUUCACCAGCUGUGUUACAGUCAGACAUCACUAGCUAUGGCGAAAAAUUGUCUGGAGUAAGUGAAAGUUAUUGCGAAACUUUAUCUGAGGGAUCUUCUGCGGCAUCGGCAAUUGUUGAGAUGGGCAUAGCAGCUUCAGGAGAUUGCAGAAAAGUUAAAAUACGAGUGGCAGAGCUUGUUACUGUCUAUGUAGAAAUGUAUGACUACCAGAAUGAUCUUAUGACAUCAUUGUCCGAAGCUGCAAGAGCUCAUUUAGCAGCAAAAAAAGCUGAAGAUAUGAAAAAGGUGUAUAGUUCCGCGCAAUCAGAAAAUCGACAUUUUUUGUCACAGUAUGCUGUUAUGACUAUGGCUUUGUCAAUAUUUCACGUUUGGACUAUUGUACAGGAAUAUUGUAAUACAUUGGUUUAUAUUCACGGUGGUCAGAUGCCAAACACGUGCCAUACUGCCCUGGCAUAUCCGUCGUUUACAAAUAUUAUUGAUGUAAUAAGUUAUAAACCGAAAGAAGUUUGUAAUACAAACAAUGAGAUUAGAGAUUAUAUUGCUAUAAACACUAAACCCAGAAACGAUAAUGAUACUGGAUAUGUGGAUCUAGAGAAACUGUAUGCGAAGGAGUCUAUUGACAUCAAGAUAAAAGAUAAACAAGAUUUAUUAGAAUGGAAAUGGGUUGACGAAGAAAGUCUGAAUAAGGUUGCUUAUAUCAAGAAUUUUGAUCUAUUCAUUCUACCAAUAGGGGGAAUGCAGACACACUUGAUUAGGACAUCUGUUACUGUCGGUAAUCAAAAUAAAUUACAACCACUAUCGGAAACAAAAUAUAUUUUUGAAACUCCGUCUUUCACAACACGAUAUUAUGAAAAUAGCAUGAGAUGUGUGAAUCCGCAGAUCAGAAGCCCGUAUUUCAUAUGUGAUGAAAGUAAAGUUUUAGAUCUGUGUAUAACAUCUAGUGGUGUAAGAACUGGUGCGAUCAAACCAUCAAUUUACAACACCUUUACGAUUAAAGUAGUUUCACUUCCUUCCUCAGCAAUAGUACCCAAACCCAAAACUGAUGUCAAGCUGUAUGCAGGAGUAACUUUUUGUUUCGUAGAGGGUGAUAAAACGAAACGAAAUGUUAAUCUGAAAGGAGAAAAGAAGUCGAAACGUAAAAUUACCAAGCGGGGAAUUAGAGCUUGCUGUGCUGCGAACCAUUACUUCACAGGAUCUGCUUGCGCAAAAUGUCCCGGUAAUUCAGUAUCGAAAUUCGAUGGAUACUACUGUGAAUAA